UUUACCCGUUUGAACGAAAUUCUAUAUUACCGGCGAGUAUUCCUCUCUCAAUCUGCGACACCGACGAACCUCACUCACCGGAAUUUCGCAUUCAGGGUUCUGAAACUGAAGAUGCACGAUCUGUUCUGCUCCGAUCAUUGCUUUUUCUCUGUUUGGUUGAAAUUUUUGGGAUGUGAAUUUGGUGGAUUUUCAACGAUUGGAAUUUUUCAUUCUGUCAAAUUGCAUGGAUUUAGUUUGAUUGAAAAUGGCUUUAGGUGGUGGAACAGCUCCCCAAAGAGGAAGUGCAGCGGCUACUGCAAGCAUGAGGAGAAGGAGAACAACCGGUGGUGGGGCCUCUGGAGGAGCAGCUGGAACUAUGCUCCAAUUUUACACCGAUGAUGCCCCUGGACUCAAGAUUUCCCCUAAUGUGGUCCUUGUAAUGAGCAUUGGCUUCAUAGCAUUUGUUGCCAUCCUUCAUGUGAUGGGCAAGCUGUAUUUCGUGCGUAAAGAGGCUUAGAGAAUACAUAGGCUCAUUUUUGAAUUUUUAACAGUUUAUGUUAUGGAAUUUAGAUUUUCUGUUGCUGGAACCACCUCUUCCUUUUGGUACAAUAUUUUGUUAUUUUUUUAAGUUAAAUAGUUGAAAUACUUUUGGUCGUAAGGAAAAAACAUUUCUGUUCUUUUUGGUUUUGCACUUGUUGAAAUAUGUUUUAGCUUUCCCUUAGUUGCUUAACUUGAAGGUGAAAAAAAACUAAAUGUUGGAAUUUAUGUUGUA